GUUGAUUAGAGAAUAACCAGAGUGACACGUUGAACGCUCCAUAAUCAAGGAAACCUUUUCCGGGUGGGGAUCUCUGAUCACUCAGUGAGCAACCCUAAUUAACCUGAUUUUUUGCUGAUAAUCACUCUCAAUGGAAUCAAAUCACAAAUCCGGGGAUGGAUUGAGCGGCACCCAGAAGGAAGCAGCUCUCCGCGCACUGGUCCAGCGCACAGGAUAUAGCUUGGUCCAGGAAAAUGGACAAAGAAAAUAUGGCGGCCCUCCACCAGGCUGGGAUGCUGCACCUCCAGAAAGAGGCUGUGAAAUUUUUAUUGGAAAACUUCCCCGAGACCUUUUUGAGGAUGAACUUAUACCAUUGUGUGAAAAAAUUGGUAAAAUUUAUGAAAUGAGAAUGAUGAUGGAUUUUAAUGGCAACAAUAGAGGGUAUGCAUUUGUAACGUUCUCAAAUAGACAGGAAGCCAAGGAUGCAAUCAAGCAACUUAACAACUAUGAAAUUAGAAAUGGGCGUCUCUUAGGGGUGUGCGCCAGUGUGGACAACUGCCGAUUGUUUGUGGGGGGAAUCCCGAAGACCAAGAAGAGAGAAGAAAUCCUAGCAGAGAUGAAAAAGGUCACCGAAGGAGUUGUCGACGUCAUUGUCUACCCGAGCGCUGCAGAUAAAACCAGAAACCGGGGCUUCGCCUUCGUGGAGUACGAGAGUCAUCGGACGGCUGCCAUGGCCCGAAGGAAGUUGCUGCCAGGAAGGAUUCAGUUAUGGGGACAUCCUAUCGCAGUAGACUGGGCGGAGCCCGAAGUGGAGGUGGACGAAGACACAAUGUCUUCGGUGAAAAUCCUGUACGUGAGAAACCUGAUGCUGUCUACCUCGGAAGAGAUGAUUGAGAAAGAAUUCAACAAUAUUAAACCAGGUGCUGUAGAGAGGGUAAAGAAGAUUCGAGACUAUGCUUUUGUGCACUUCAGUAAUCGAGAAGAUGCAGUGGAGGCUAUGAAAGCUUUAAAUGGGAAGGUGCUGGAUGGUUCCCCCAUUGAAGUGACCCUAGCCAAACCAGUGGACAAAGACAGUUACAUUAGGUACACCCGAGGCACAGGUGGAAGGGGCACCAUGCUGCAAGGAGAGUACACCUACUCUUUGGGCCAUGUUUAUGAUCCCACCACAACCUACCUUGGAGCUCCCGUCUUCUAUGCUCCUCAGGCCUACACAGCAAUCCCCAGCCUUCAUUUCCCAGCCACCAAAGGACAUCUUGGCAACAGGGCCAUUAUCCGAGCCCCUUCUGUUAGAGAAAUUUACAUGAAUGUACCUGUAGGGGCCGCGGGAGUGAAAGGACUUGCCGGCCGCGGUUACUUGGCCUAUGCAGGCCUGGGUCGCGGAUACCAGGUCAAGGGAGACAAGAGAGAAGACAAACUCUAUGACAUUUUACCUGGGAUGGAGCUCACCCCAAUGAAUCCCGUCACUUUAAAACCCCAAGGAAUUAAACUGGCUCCCCAGAUACUAGAAGAAAUUUGUCAGAAAAACAACUGGGGACAACCAGUGUAUCAGCUGCACUCAGCCAUUGGACAAGAUCAAAGACAACUAUUCUUAUACAAAAUAACCAUUCCUGCCCUGGCCAGCCAGAAUCCUGCAAUCCACCCCUUCACGCCUCCGAAACUGAGUGCCUACGUGGAUGAAGCGAAGACCUACGCGGCCGAGUACACCCUGCAGACGCUGGGCAUUCCCACCGACGGGGCCGAAGCCCCCACCACGGCAGCUGCCGCCACUGCCUUCCCAGGAUAUGCUGUCCCCAGUGCAACGGCACCCAUGUCCGCAGCCCAGCUCAAACAGGCGGUGACCCUCGGACAGGAUUUAGCAGCAUAUACAACAUAUGAGGUCUACCCCACUUUUGCAGUGACUGCCCGAGGGGAUGCAUAUGGAGCCUUCUGAAGAAAUCUUCCUUUUAAGUUAAGACACGUGAAACUGUCUCUAGAAGAAAUAAACCUCUCAGUUUCCUUACGAUCACAAGUCCUGCUUUUCCUAAAGAGACGCCUUUCUUGAGACUGCACAGCUUAUACUAAUGGUAGAACCAGGAUACGAGAAUGAAUUCCCAGUGAAAUCAAGUGUCAAGAAGCCUUCUGUCUGCCAGAAAAGUUAAGAGCCAUUGCCCCCAAAAGCUGGUUCUCCCAGGUUCCUGAGUGACUGGGGCGUGCAUUAUGCACCCUGAUGAUGUGGAGAGAGAUCUCUCAACCCUUACAGGCGUUCCGGGGCUGAGCAGACCUGGCCAGUUAGGGGCAACAAGGGGAGGCAAGUAAACCCCAGAGUCUUAACCGUUUGAUGGGGGCCAGCAUCGCUUCUGUCUGAAAAUUCUACCGAAUCAACCUGUCCUAGAUCGCCAUCUCCUUGCCCCCUACCGCCCCCCGGGGACCGCCUGGAAAUCAAUGGGAGGUGUUGUGGGUGAGGAUACAAUGAAUCCAGGCCCACUGUUUAUUUAUUAAUGCACCUCUUCUUCCCUGGAGCUCCCAUCCUUCCCAAGGGUCCCCCAACACAAUAAUCACCCCAACUUAAAAUGGCUUCUUCUCAUUUUAAACAUUUUGACUUGUCCACCUGGAUUUGUUUUCAUAUCAGUCGCAUCUUCCUCAUGUCAAAUACCAUAAAAAAAAAGUACAUCCAAUAUAUAGAGUAUCACAUAGGAUGCUUCUUCCUAUUCAGCGAAUGGGCUGAAAAGUCAUUUGAAACAGAGAAGUGAAGGUCUACUCUCGUUUCUUGGGUGUUUUUGCGGCACCCAGACCACCAUCCAGCAUUCAGAGACGGUUCUAUUAACGUGGGGUCAGCCUUGGACUGUCUAACCCACUUAGAGUCAAGCUGCCAAGGAACCUUCUACCUUGCCUUCCUUCUACUUUCAACAAAUAUCAGACGGCUUUACCAUAUCAAGCCCUUUGGUCUUGAAGUGGUCACAGAAAACCUUACACCCCCCACUGCUGAUUAGAAGUGGAUUCUUAGACACCCAGCAAGGGUGUUCGGGACCAAAGUUCCCUAGGGCUUUAGGCCUCUCUCCAGGAACAUCUCAUGAGAAUGUAGGAGCUACAAAACCUGGGACGGAGGGAGCAGACGGCACUACUUUCUUGCCAUACUCGUAAAUGACAGCUUUUUGUUCAAAACAGAAAUAAUCGAGCUCUGAAUUUCAAACACCAAUCACCACUGCUUCUGUCUCAUUAGUGCUUUAAGACAUACAGCACCAGAAUUUCCGGCUAAAAAACAAAAAACACCCCUGGCACAAUUCUGCAGGACUCAAAGGAAAACAUAAAUACAAAGACAGAAAAAUUUGUCAACUCUUGAUUGGAAUCCUGUGAUCCAACAUCAGCCCAGAUUCCAGUCAAAAUCAGCUAAAUUCCAGCAACAGUUAAAAGUCCUUAUAACCUUUCAGUUCUGUUAACUCCAAUCAGACAUCAAAGGCCUCAAGGCUACAGCUCACACGCUCGGAAAGGCUGGGUGCUUUUGGCUUUACGUAUUGUUCCUCACAUGCCCUAGGCUAGUGGUUCCCAAACUUGCUGCACUUUAGGAACGCCGGAAGCGCUUUUCAGACUGCCGGUGCCAAGAUGGCGCCGGAUACCCAUUACGUUAGAGUAUCACGGGGAGAAGCCUGGCCUCAGCAUUUAAAGAUCUUAGGUGAUUUCAGUGUGCAGCUAACUUUGGGAAUGGCUAUAGUCUUUGUAUUUCAACCCUACCCCCUAGCGUUUCCCUUAUUUAUUUCACUUCCAUUAAAUAGAAAAAAAUGCAAGAAAAAAUUUUGUCUAAGUUAAAACAGAUAGCCAAAUAAUAUUUUUUAUAAAUAUUCAGCUCAUAAAACGUACGAAUCUAAAUAUAAUUCAUAUUGGCUUCAGACGAACUCUUGGACCAAACUAAUUUUAAAAAUGAGAAAGUGAAAAAUUCCUCCAUCAGCAAUUCUUAGGUCCAAAUCAACAUUCUCCUACAGACCUGCUUUUAUACUCUAAAAGAGUAAUGACAGCGGGGCAGGCAAGUUCCUACUUAGUCCAAAAAGUCGUUAAGAGUCCAAAACAGCAUUCCAAAUUCCAAGAGCAAAAGUUUUCAUGUUCUUUAAGAUCUUUGAAAAUAGAAAAAAGAAAACAGUGCUCUGGAUGUCUAGCCAAUGCCAAAUAGAAAGAAGGUCUGAUCCAGAAGAGUUUUAAAUGUAAUCAGAAUGAACAGUUAGUUAGUACAGGAAUCUUAUAUGAGAAAAAUCUUUAUUCCAGAUUAAAUCCUUACGAUUCUUUUUAAAGGCUAAGAACAGAAACCUAAAUAUACAAAAUCAUCACAGUAUCGAGAAAAUUGCCCCUGGAGCACCAUCUCAUUACUUGCCUGAGGAAACACAAGCAUUUGUACAUUUACUUUCUAAGGACCGAUUUUAUUCAAGUGAGUAGAUGUGGUUUGACUUUUUACUGAAGUUUUACUUCACUCUAGUAAAAUCUAGAGAAUACUUUGAAUUCCAUUAGAACAUACUCAUAGAAAGUAUCAGUGUGUCUACUGUACCAUCUGUAUUUACUUUGCCCAAACUAAGUAUUGUAGGGCAACUACACAGCCCUAUAAACUCAUGAUACGGCUCUAAUGAGUUCGAAACUUUAAAAACUGGGAUUUUUAAAAAUCAUGUGUAGAACCUAAGGUUUAUUUUGCAUGAUGUUCACAUUUUUAGACUUCGGACAUCAGCACCUAUUUAAUACCUAUUAUAUCUUGUGCAUCAGUAUCUAUUUUUUUGUUAUUUCUUACUUCAUUGUUUCCUAGAAAAAAAACUCUUCAUAUAAAGAGGAAAUUAAAAUGAGGCAACCAACCAAGUGAUAACAGAAUACCCAAACAAAUAAUUUAGAAGCAUCUAGUAAGUAAGAACUGAGUUUCUAAAUUUUGGUAAUUAAUAGCUUAGUGAAAAUUAAAAUCAACCACUGUUAUUUAGGAGGAAAUGGAGCAGCAGGGAGAUUGGACAUCAAUUUUCUUACUUGUAAAAAUGCUGCCUGUUCUCACCCCAUUACCGUAGCUAGAAGACCAUCCUUAACCACAACAACAUAACCAUUCUCCUACAUAGCGAGGUUUCUUCUCCUACUCCUGCCCAAUCCUGGUAUCAGGCCAAACCACACUGUGUUUGGAUAAAAAAACACCCAAAAUGCUGCUAGAAAGCUACCUCGUGUUAAGAAAAUACUGACUUCAAAACAUAUCUAACAAACCAUAGUUCCUUAACUUUUUAAUGGUGGAUGGAAAUCACAAUAGCUAUGUAUUGAUAAUAGUUAUUCAGGAAAUUAGUUUUAGUUUUACUUAAAAUUAAACACACACACACACACACACACACACACACACAUUCCUCAAAUCACAUAGAUUAGCUUUUCAUAAAUAUUGUCUCAAUAUAAUUUUCAAUUGAUGUUCAUUUUCACUGUAUUUUUCAAUGACUGUUUUAUAGUUCUGCCUUGGACAACUGGGUCACAAUUUGAAUCCAUGGGGCACUGGGGGAUUCUCCAGGUUGCCUUUUCAAGAAUGUGGGUUAGUAAAGAAAGUUAGUAUUUUGAGUAGAUUGUCUUUCCAAAGCUACAAAGUUGGAAAAAAUGUAUUAUUGCCGUGCAACUCCAGGCCUAUCUAAGAUUUCCCAAAAGUAACUUACAAUUAAAAGUGAACAAAGUGUUCCAGGAUUCACAUGAGGCUAUGAUCACUUAUGCCCUCCUUGCAUUCAUACAGAAAAUCCCAGGAGAUGAAAUGUACCUACAACUUAACCUGGAGACUUGGUACUUUUUGUAUCCUGUGGAUACAUUUUUACCUAUUGUAGAUACAUCUGUCCAAGAUGAAACUAGGUUUCAAAUGUGACACCUUAAGUGAACUUUGUGAUAAAUACUUGUAAAAGAAAAUAUUGGUAGCAUAAUUUAGGAAUUUUAAUGUACUUAUUGGAAGACAGAGAAACUAGGCAAUCGAUAUUCCUACCUGAUAUGUACUAGUUACGUGUUUAAUUGACCUGAUCAUCAAAUUUGAUGCUGAGAUUUUACUUCAUUCUACUGAUGUCCUGAAAAGGCUUCAAGCUUUACAAGAACAUAGCCAAAGAAAAUGUAAUGUGGCCACCAGGAUAUAUAUAUUUAUAUUUGCCAACGUUAGAGCAAAGUAAAGCAAGUCCUGCUAUAAUGAGUAAAACCAUUAGAAAAAUGAGAUUUUUCUGGGCGCCUGGAUGGCUCAGUUGGUUAAGCGACUGCCUUCGGCUCAGGUCAUGAUCCUGGAGUCCCGGGAUCAAGUCCCGCAUCAGGCUCCUUGCUCAGCAGGGAGUCUGCUUCUCCCUCUGACCUUCUUCCCUCUCGUGCUCUCUAUCUCUCAUUCUCACUCUCAAAUAAAUAAAAUCUUUAAAAAAAAAUGAGAUUUUCUGACCCCCAUGCCCUACCACUUUACUUAUGGAGUAAAACAUUUUUUUAAAAUUUCAGUCAAUAAAAACAUAGAUACAGAAUAUUCUAUUGUUCCCAAAAUAUCCACUUUAAAAGCCAUAUUUUUUUACAGUGUUUAUAUAGAAAGUAAAAUGUGUGAGUUUAAUAGGGACAGCACUGCAUACCUUGAACACAUAGGUUCACUGAUGGGAGAAUGUUAACUGUUUGCAUCCCCAGGUCACCUCAGUUUUGUAGAAAAGUUAAAAGAAAACGUUAAACUUCAGCUAAUAGUGAAGAGAAAUUAGUAACCAAUAUAGAAGUGAAAAAUAAUUCACUUAUUUUUCUGGAAACGAGAAGCUUCCAUUCAUUCAAACGUGCCUGGAAUGAAAUCUAGAACACUUCCGCAUCUCCCUCCUUCACUUUUCUCCUCUUGAAUGUACCUUGUUUUCUCUUCACCUAUAUUCCUUUGUCUAAGGGGAGGGGAGAUGCCAAGAAACAGUGCUUUAAAGAAAGUAAGCUGCCGGCAGGAAAUUCUUGGAACCUGAAGAAUGUUAACCCCACCCAGGGUUUAGCAAUGUCUCUGGGGUGAUGGUAGGUCCCGGUUUGCAGGGACAGCCCCGGCUUAUGUCUGUGGUCCCACCGUAACCAUGUUAACAAUAGCCCUUCAUACUCACAAAUGUGUCCCAAUUCAGACAACAUACAGUGACCCCAUCUUUAUGUCUCCUUUUUUUUUUCUUUUCUUAUUUUCUUCACUAAGAUUAAUUCUUACUCUUAGUGAAGAAAAUAAACAAAUUAUAAUCUCUACUGCUAUAAAGCCACAAGCCUCUCCUUCAUAGAAUGUGUGAUCCAUCUGUAUUUACUAUGAACCUGCUCUUAUGCCAGAAACUAGGAACAUUUGCGUGUGUGUGUGUGUGUGUGUGUGUGUGUGUGUGUGUAAUUCCACAGUGGAGUUCACAGCCUAGUGAUCCAUUCUGCAUUUUUAUAAACUGAAUAUAAUUACACUUAAGUUCACCAGUACCAGUCGGUAGUUUGUUUCACUUAGUCGGAAUCCCCACCGUUAAACCAACUCUGUUCUAAAUUUUAAGUUUCAACUAUUACUGCCAAAUACUAGGCGGGCACAGUAAGCCUUUUUAAAGAUUCAUACAACUCUUCACCUAUAAUUAUUGCUAUUCAAGUAAGAUGAGUUUUCAAAUAUGUUCCCCAGAAGAAACAUAAAAGUGAAAAAAAUAAAAAAGGAAAAACAAUUUUCAUUAGAGGUCCAGAAGCUUUAAAAUAUGCUUUAAAAGGUGGAAUUGACAAGUUUACAUACUGAUUUAUGACAUUAAAGAGCAGGUAUGCUUUGUUACUCACUUGAAAACAUUUUGAUUAUUAACUAUUUCUGUUUUCUAAAUAUACCCGUGUUUAUAAAAUUCGAAAUCUUUUUAACAAGCCUUAUCUAUACCUAUAUGUUUUGCAAUAAAUAACUUGCAAUGAGGUAUACAUGUUUUUUUCAAAUGUACAUUUUAUUUUGAAAUUUGGUACUUUCUUCUGUAAUUCCUAAGAGAUUUAGGGGCUCUCAGGAGAAGAGCCACAGAUAAGUGUAUUUAAAAUCAAUCCAUCAUUGUCACUGGUUUAAAUGUUUCAUAUAAUUAUUGGUAUUUUUGUUUCUAUUCCUUCAUGAAUUCUUUUUUUCCCCCCUACUUUUCUGACUGCAACAGAGUCAGACAUCAUUAUUCCCUAUCAACGAAAAAAAAAAUGCUGUCAGCAAACUGCGUCUCUGGUUUCCAGGUGUUAAACCAUCUCUUGCUUCUUCUCCUUGUUGUUAUUAAUGACUUUAUUUAUGUGAAGUUAGUUAGCUGAGGUACCAAAAAAGAGAGAUUAAAAACAGUAUUAAAGAAUGUGCAUAAGGCACUUAUUUUUGUACUUUGAGUACAGUAUUUUAUAGAACUGUGAUCUAUCAUAAUAUAGCAAGUAAAAUUACAACAUCCGUUCAUUGGGAAAACGAUCAUGAGUUUGGAAGAUAUAAACAUAAUGGUACCACAGGAUCAUAAAUCACGUAAAAUGAGAAGUAAUGCAGUAUUGUGAUGACUAGUGUAAUUUCAAGAUGACAACAUGGUUUCAAUUGAAUUUUCAAGUAACAUUAUAAAGUUUUAAAAAGUACCAACAU